AUGGGCUGCUUAGGGAAGAAGACCCUAUCUUUCCUCCUCAUUUUUCUACCUGUAUAUGUACAUGGGGCCCCAUUGCAGGAAGCUGGGCCAGCUGGACAAAGAAAACCAUUUUUUGAGAGGCUCCAUCGACUAGAAGAGCAGUUUCAGAGAUUCCAAAAAGUAACCUUAACACACCUGCAGAGCAUUGCCAAUAACUACGUGUCAUACAAUGUGGAUGCCCGCUUCCAGAGCCUGGCAGAAGAGAACCAGGCCAUAGCUCUAGCAGUGAACCGGUCUCAAGCUGCCAUACAAGGGGAUAUGGCCCAUCUAAAGACCUGGAUGAGGAAGACCCAACACAGGAGCCAGAAGAUGGAUGCCCAACUUCAAGCUUUGGAUCUUUCCCUGAGCACAAACAGCAGGCAGUGGGAACAGGAGAAAGAAAAAAAGGGACAGAGGGAGGCCAUUGCAAGCCUGGCCCUGGACACUGGAGCCCUGCAGGACGCAUUGGUCAACCUGAUGCAUGAAGUCCAUAGCCAGGGUGCCAGGCUGGCUGCUCUAGAGGGGCAGCUGCAGAGGGCCACCCCUGACUCUGCAACCCUGGGGCUAACCCCAGUUUUGACCCCCACACAACUUGUUUAGCAGGGCCCAGGCUUUCUACAGCUACAGAGGGACAGCCAGGCACUCAGGCCUUCACCCCAACACAGAAGUUCCCCCCAGGACUUUGCUGCCCAUAUCCAGGGGAUGCAGAAAUUCCAAGGCCCAAACAGCCAUCAGGCAGCCCCAAAGGACACUUCUCAGUUGGCAUGGACCCACCAGGGAUCAGGAAACAUUUGCAGCAUGGGCCCAGUUCUAAUUUUCCCCAAUGCCUCCACUGAGAACAUGAUCUUCCUUAGCCCUGGCUUCCUCGCACCCCUACGAGCCCUGUCCUUCUGCAGCUGGGUCCGCAUGGCUUCCGGCCACCUGGGCACCCUUCUCUCCUAUGCCACCGAAGACAAUGACAACAAGCUGGUACUGCAUGGCCGAGACUCCCUGGUCCCUGGCUCCAUCCACUUUGUGAUUGGAGGCCCUGCCUUCAGGGGGCUGUCCCUGCAGCCACUACUGGACAGUCAGUGGCACCAUAUUUGUAUCAUCUGGACGUCCAUGGAGGGCAGGUACUGGCUCUACAUGGACCGCAGACUAGUGGCCACUGGCUCCCACUUCAGGGAGGGCUAUGAGAUCCCUCCUGGAGGGUCCCUUGUGCUGGGUCAGGAGCAAGACACUGUGGGGGGUGAGUUUGACAGCUCCGAGGCCUUUGUAGGGAGCAUGUCUGGCUUGGCCAUCUGGGAUCGGGCAUUGACCCCCAGGGAAGUUGCAAACCUCGCCACUGGGAAAGAGUUCCCAACAGGUGCCAUUCUGACACUGGCCAAUGCCAUGUCAGUAGGUGGAUUUGUACAGAGGGCCAACUGCACCUGCCUGGAACACUGUGCAUGA